AUGACACGACUCUUUAUUCUGCCUGCCAUAUUUGGCAUCUCAUCACUUUCAUUAUGGUAUAUGAUAUGCUCCGCUCCAGGAUGGCCAGAGUCAGAAGGAGGAGUGUUCGAAAUUCCGAAACAAUUCGACAACUUCACAGUGUUAGCUGAUAAAUUCCGAGCGUAUAAAGAAGAUCAUUUCGGGUACAUCACAACUCUCUUCAUUUGUGCAUAUCUCUACAAACAGACGUUCGCCAUCCCCGGAUCAUUCUUAUUGAAUGUGAUCGCGGGAGUUGUCUACGAUCUGUGGUCAGGAUUCAUCCUUUGCUGUUGUUUAACAACUCUUGGAAGUACACUGUGCUACCUGUUCUCUGAACUCUUCGGAAGGGAGUAUGUCUUCUACUAUUUUGGACAGAAACUCACUUAUCUUCAACAAAAGAUCGACGACAACUCGAAUCGAUUACUACCAUUCCUUUUAUUCGCUCGAAUGUUUCCCAUCUCGCCGUCAUGGCUUCUCAACAUCGUCGCACCGUUUCUCAACAUUCCUCUUCCAAUUUUUGUCGUCUCCGCACUUUUUGGUCUGGCGCCGUACAACUUCAUUUGCGUUCAAGCCGGAUAUAUUUUGAGGGAUUUACGGUCUUGGGAUGAUGUUUUCAGCACAACAACAAUGCUGAAACUCUUCUCGUUCGCUCUGAUACCUUUAGCCUAUGCAAUCUACAUUCGCCCCCGUGCCAAUAAACAUCAGAUUGUCCAUAAUGUAGGCGAUAAUCGCCAACCAUGCUCUCCUCAACUCCUUGUGCUUCCUCACUGCCUCACAUCUUCUCCUAGCACAAUCCAUGAUUGUGUCUCCCAAAUCAUCCCAGACAGCACUCGAGAGACCCUCCGCCUUCAGAUGACGAUGUUGUUUUCCAACUUCGGUGAGAUAGCUGGUCACUCGAUAGUGAUCAGUGUCAAGACUCUUGAUUACUGUAUCGAGAACCUCUACAAGAACAUUGCGACCCCAUUGGCCUUUGUCAUGAGCUCCUUCGCCUUUGCAUUCCGAGCACUCAAAGUGGAAUACAAGCUGUUGGCAAAUGGGCCACUGGCUCCAGUUGUGUAG